AUGCCCUCUACCACGUUGUUGUUCCCACAGAAGCACAUCAGGGCAUUGCCAGGCAAGAUGUACGCGUUCUUCAGACAGCUUGUCAGUGGAGUAGUAAUAUCCAAGCCAGAUUUGAGUCUGCGUUUCUCAUCCGAAAGUGGCACGAAAUUGGAGGACGAGGACAAGGAGGACGAGGAGGACGAAGAAGACGGAAACAUGGUCGCCGGUCUGUUUCCAAAGUCGAACAACGUAGAUCGCUCCCUGAACGGAGGUUCCUCCGUCAUCCCAUGCUCCAUGGAUGCUAGCCACCUGAACACUCCAAUAUCGAUGACGCUAUCCCCGGAGAAUCGCAUUAAAUGCGAAGUGAAUGCAAAGCUGCUACCGGGGUCCAAGCUGGAGCAAGAAGCCGGGAUUUUGGUGACGUCGUCUAGCAGUGCGUCGAGUUCUCCGCUAAGUGCGUCAGGCUCCACCCCGGAGCACUCCACGAAGGUCUUGGAAAACGGUGAAGAGGAGUUCAUCUGCCACUACUGCGACGCCACCUUUAGGAUCAGGGGCUACCUCACCAGACAUAUUAAGAAGCACGCUAUCCAAAAGGCUUACCACUGUCCCUUCUUCAACUGUUCUACACCCCCGGACCUUAGAUGCCACAAUUCUGGCGGGUUUAGCAGACGCGACACUUACAAGACUCACUUGAAGGCAAGACACGUUUUGUACUCGAAAGGCGUCAAACCACAGGACCGUAACAAAUCUUCAGGCCAUUGCGCUCAGUGUGGCGAAUACUUUUCCGCCAUCGAGAAUUUCGUCGAGAACCACAUCGAAUCUGGCGAUUGUAAAGCUUUGCCGCAAGGCUAUACCAAGAAAAAUGAGAAGAGAUCAGGCAAAUUAAGAAAAAUCAAAACCUCCAACGGUCAUUCCCGUUUCAUUUCCACUUCACAAAGUGUUGUGGAGCCCAAAGUGCUCUUCAAUAAAGACGCUGUGGAGGCCAUGACAAUAGUGGCCAACAACAGUUCGGGCAGCGAUAUAAUAUCCAAGUACGGCAACAAUAAGCUAAUGUUGAACUCAGAAAACUUUCAAAUCGACAUACCCAAGAGGAAAAGAAAGUACACCAAGAGGAAGCAGCAACAGCACCCUGAUUCAGCAAUAACAUCAUCAACCGACAAGAACCAACAAGAGGCCCUGGACGCCAUCUCAUCUGCCGCAGUAUUUUCACAUUUCGACUCCCAUCUUCUCGAGCCCGUCACUUCCAAUUCAUCAGAAUCUUCUGCGGAAAUCAUGGCCCACAGUAAGCAAAUGAAAAAUAUCUUGAUCGAUAUAAACAGCUUCACAAACGAGCAGCAACAACCACAGAAUGUUCCUACGUUCAUGCCACUGGAUAUUGAACAGUCCUCUUACGACCUGAACGACAUGGCAAUGUCGUAUCCGAUCACACCCGCACAAAACAGUCAUAACAGUUCACAGUAUACCAAUGCAAAGAUCACUCAAAUAUUACAGACACAACUGGACCCAGAAUAUCUUAGCCAAAGCCAUAUAAGAGAAACGCAGCAAUAUUUGGACUUUUAUAACGAUAAUUUUGGAUCGCAGUUUUGA